UUAUCACGUGAUUCAUCUGACACCGGAUUCGUGUUUGACCGAUUGGUAACUUUUGUCUACAUGCAGAAUGGCGUUCAAUUUAGCCGCUUUUUCAUACAUCGUAGCGUUAAUCAGCGAUGUAUUCCUGAUAUUUUUCGCAAUUUUUCAUGUUAUUACGUUUGAUGAAUUGAAGACUGGAUAUAAAAAUCCAAUUGAUCAGUGUAACAAUCUAAAUCCGCUAGUUCUACCGGAGUAUAUAUUGCACAUUGUGAUCAAUAUUCUAUUUUUGGUCAGUGAACAAUAUUUUACAUUGUUAAUCAAUGUUCCGUUGAUAACUUAUCAUGUAUGGCGUUACAUCAAUAGGCCUGUAAUGACAGAACCUGGCUUGUAUGACCCUACAAGCAUAAUGAACGCUUACGAUUUGUCCAUGUACCAAAGAGAAGGAUGGGUUAAGUUAGCAUUUUAUCUCCUUUCAUUUUUCUACUAUUUAUAUGGUAUGAUUAGCUUACUGAGUAAUUAAAAUAAUCAACUAUUGUAUUACAAUGAGGAUUUUCCAUUUCCUCGGUACAACUAUAUUGUGGCUGUUCACAAUAAGAUUAUACUGGAAGUACAAGUUGUAACUUAAUGAACUUGGUAUAACAAAUUUUAUAAUACUAAAAGUAACAGGAAAAGGACUUCUUACUUACGUAUAGAUUAAUCUUUAUAGAUUAUAUAUGCAAUCUAGAUACUUUUCUAGAAUGCGUAUAUAUAUCAUAUUUAAAAAAAGG